CAGUCGCGCUGUAUGGUCUGUCCGCCAUUGCGAUACAGAAACGAGUCGGAGGCAGUGACACAGACGACACUCACGCUUCUCCAUUCCUCGUGCUCUGAAGUUUGACGGAUACCGUUUUUUUUUAAACAACGUUUUAACAGUCCGUUUACACUGGUGUUGUUGUUUUUUUUUGUCCCGAGAUACGUUGAUGGACCCGCACAGGAUAUUUUAGUAGCUGUCCAGGGCGAGCGCGUGUUCCCGUCAGUGGGUUAAGCGAACCGAGCCUGGCUCUGCUCUGGGGACAAGCGUGCCUGCAGCAGCUCAGCGUUUGAUGGAUCCUAGAAUCGCCUGGUUUCAGCCAGAACAGCGCGGACCUGCCAACAACCUGUGGAUGCACAUCUGGGAAACGACGCAGACGCUGGGAAACCUCUACUUCAACAACAACUGCAACACAGCCAGCGCCAAACUGACGAGCGGUGGAGGCGACGGAGCGUCGAGCAACGCGGCCGACAGCAGCGUCAAGCCCAAGGAUCAUCGGGGGAUGUCUGGAUCCAAACCCGACAGUGUGGUCUCCGAUCAACAAGACUUUAUCCCUCUGGAAGCCAAUAACAGCAGUAGGGGUGUCGGCGGAGGGCAAGUGGGUGGCAGUAGGGUCGCAGUCGUAGGAACGGAGUUGCCAAGCAAGAGGAAAAGAGACAAUAAGGCGAGCACCUUCGGUUUUAACAGGAAUCUUCUGCUGACAGAUGGGGUGGAGGACAUUUACACUGGCACACCGUGGAAGAGCAGAAACUACUCGGAAGGCAUUGUGGGGCUGCAUGAGGAGAUAAAGGACUUUUAUGAGUAUAUUUCUCCUCGUCCAGAGGAAGACCACAUGAGGCAAGAGGUGGUGGCCAGGAUCCAGAGAGUCAUCAAGGACUUGUGGCCAAAUGCUGAGGUUGAAGUGUUUGGCAGCUUCAGCACAGGCUUGUAUUUACCUACAAGUGAUAUAGACUUGGUGGUUUUUGGUCACUGGGAGACUUUACCUCUCUGGACUCUGGAAGAGGCGCUACGCAAGAGAAAAAUUGCAGAUGAGAACUCUAUCAAAGUCCUGGACAAAGCAACGGUUCCCAUCAUUAAACUGACAGACUUGCACACAGAGGUAAAAGUGGACAUCAGCUUUAAUGUACAGAACGGUGUUAAAGCUGCAAAACUCAUCAAGAACUUCAAACAGCAAUUUCCCGUAUUACCGUACCUGGUGCUGGUUUUGAAGCAGUUUUUGCUGCAAAGAGAGCUGAAUGAGGUUUUUACGGGAGGCAUCGGAUCAUACAGUCUGUUCCUCAUGGUUGUCAGCUUUUUACAGCUGCACUACAGAGAGGAUGUGUGUAGUUCAAACCCAAACCUGGGUGUACUGCUGAUUGAGUUUUUUGAGCUGUACGGACGGCAUUUUAACUACCUGAAGACAGGGAUCAGGAUAAAAGACGGUGGCUCUUACGUGGCCAAGGAUGAAGUGCAGAAAGGCAUGCUGGAUGGGUACAGACCCUCUAUGCUUUACAUUGAGGAUCCUUUGCAGCCAGGAAAUGAUGUUGGGCGAAGUUCAUAUGGGGCGAUGCAGGUGAAAGAGGCUUUUGAUUACGCUUAUGUUGUCUUAAGUCAUGCUGUGUCCCCGAUUGCCAAGUUCUACCCCAACAACAAGUCAGAGAGUAUUCUAGGUAGAAUAAUCCGUGUCACACAGGAAGUAGCGGAGUACCGUGACUGGAUCAGUGCACAGUGGGGCCAGCGGAGCAACAAUGAGCCGGUCCUCAGUUGUAACGCAAAUGAUGUCACGCUGCACGUGGAGUCUGAGGAGCUUGAUGAGUGUAAUAAUAACUUUUCAGAAGAUAGUGCGGUGCUUCCUACCGUACCCCGGAGCAAAGUGUCAUCAAACUCCUCCUCUCCUUCCCCCUCUUCCCCUUCAUCCUCAUCUUCAUCUUCAACAGCCUCUAGCUCGAGUGAUGCGGACUCUGAUGGAACCCCCUAUAAAACUUUGAAAGCUUUGGGUGGCCGGGGCUCUAACUCUUACAGUGAGAAUACAGAAAGGAAUCUGUCCAAUCACAGAUCACAAAAUCAUUCAGCAACAACGCCCACCCCCACUUAUAAGGGCAAUAAGAGUCGGCAGGUUGCUAAAAGUGCUCAAGGGCCACCCACCAAGAUCCAGCAAAACAGCAAGUCCCAAAAAACCAACAUGAAGAAGAGGAAACCUCAGCGUGAGGUAGCGCAUCAGGACCUGUGUAGAUAGGGGGAGCUGUUCUUUCAGACUUAAACAUGCUUUUAAUGUCUCUGACCACAGAAGGGUGCUGCUGGUAUCAUCUAUCUCUCCUGUCCCACUGUUUAAGGGAUGUGUGUGACUUUGUAAAUGGAAAAGGAAAAGGGAAAGAAAAAAAAAGAAUAAUUAAAGUGGGGCAUUGGCCAUGGGACUGGAAUCAUGUGGGAGAGUGUAGGCCUGAUUUCCACUGGCUUCUGCACAGCUUCUGCUUACUGCCCGUAUGGGAGCUGCACUGCUCUACUGGAGAUGUGGAGGACCAGAGAAUGUAGGAGAGAGAAUUCAACUUGAGCAAUACCUGAAGCCCGGGACUUUUGCCUCACUGAGGACAACGGAAAUAAAAAAGGACUCAAAAAAAAAAAAAAAAGUUAUAUUGAAAGUGCAAAGAUUUUUAAAUGUGUAAAAAAAGAAAGAAAAGAAAACGUAAUUAGUACAAGAGAAAUUAUGCAUGUUUUUUCUUCUUUGAAGAGUGGUUCUUGUCAUAUACACAGAUUAUACAAAUAGUAUAAAAAAAAUACAAAAAAAAAAAAUAAUAAUAAUAACAACCCAAAAAUAUCAAACAUGGAAAUGGUUUCAUAAUUUUAUAGUAUUGUUAAAAUUUUGCCAUGCUAUAGAUGUACACACAUUAACUGCACAACAGCUCCUCACAGCUAAGUGCGGGUUUGGGUUCAAUUGCCAACACUUAUCAUCAGCCUCCUCUGCUGUUCUGUUGUUUGUGUAAUGAUGUGGUUGGGCAGUGUAAGAGAGGUGUUAGGAGUUGACUGCACAUCCAAAAACACACAACUCAGCACACACUGUAUGAAUGUGUGUGAGCGGUCUGUCAGCGAGAGGAGUAAAGUGUGUUGAUGUGGAAAUUUGAAGAACACUACCACUGUUGUUUUCAGGUGAUCUGCCCAUCACAAGAUAAGUUGUAUUUGUUAAUGUAUUUAUUUUUAUCAAAGACAGUGGAUUUCUAUAUGCUGACCGCAGAGGCCAGACAUGUUUUGUGUUCCGUCUUAUGGCUGAAUGGCAAAACAUGAUUGUUGCUUGUCAUGUAGUGUGCUAUAGAUUUUUUCUGAAUGUCAACUACCCUUUUUCCUGUAACAACUGAGUGACCAAGUUUAUUUCUGAAAUUACAUUUUAACAGAGAUAUAGAAAAUAUGUUUUAAACGUUUUAAUUUGUGGCUGGUCUACUUAAAGGGAGAUGAGGAGAAUUAUUUGGUGUGAUUUUUAUUUUUUUCUCCAUUCCACUGGAGCUUGAUGUAUUGUAUAAGAAUGCCUGUUUUCUUAGAAAAUAUUAUUGCAAUUCUUCAGAUAACCAGUAGGUGGUGGUGUAACCUAAGGUUAUUUUAUACGCAAUAAUUCCCUUUUUUUUUUUUUUAAGAUUUGCCUAAUAUUUUUCACAGGUCUCUGGUGUAAGUUUGAGAGAUGAUGGCUUUUGAUGAGUCAAUAUUAGUUACUCCACCUGUAUUGAGUAUAUAUGAUGCUAAAAUUCAAGCCAGUAAUAUGUCUUAAAACCAGAUGGAUGCCACUGAAAUAGAGUGAGAGAGAUGCAGAGAUAGAACAGUUGGAGGGUCAUUAGUGCCACAGCCAGUGCUUUUAGGCAGGUUUAGUCCACAUGUAUCCAUGAUCAUCCAUGCAAUAAAAGUUACAGCACAACCAUAAAACACCAAGCUGUUCUAUAAAAUGUCUGUUCAGCACCUCUUUUCUUUGUUUUGAAAAGUUGCUAUACAUUUUGUACUCUCAUACUGUGUGAACUAAAGGUUGUUUGGACAAUUUUUGAUAUUGUUUAAUGGCUUGGUAUAGGACAUUUAACAUACCAGUGACUGAGCCAAGCAAAUGAAUAAUGUUCUGUAGUCAGCUGGUACAGCAGAACCAAACUUAAUGAACACCAUAAUUAAACCUGAUAUUAUGUUCUCCAUCCAAGAACCAGUCACAUGGACUAAAUGUCUCAAGUUCAACAAUAAAAUGUUUUAUUUUAUUUUUUUGCUUGAAUUCAUAGCUCUGUUUUGGUUGAGGAAAUUGUAAAAGGUAUUUUUUUUUUUUUUUUUUUUUAUAAUAGGUAGCAAAUUUACUUGUUUACACACAAAUACUGUUACCUUGCCUUCAGAGGAGUUUUGAAAAAUGUAUUGUUGGGUUGCAGUUGCAUUUUGUCACUGAUGUGUCACAAAUUUGUAAGUACACCAGGUUUAAUAUGACACUGAAAGUGGUGAUAAUCUUAAAUGUGUUAAAGUCCCACCUCUAAUUGUGCUCUUUGACUGUGAGAGAUCCUCGUUGCCCUAGACAGACUCAGACAUUUACCUUAUCCUCAUCUCUGUUCUCUUUGGCAUGCCAAUAUAAUACUUUGCUAUUUAUAUGAUCUGUGAUUUAUUUGUUGGCCUAUAUAUGAAGAUAAUAAGGCAGUGGGAACAACUGUGCUGCUUGAGCAGUAAUAUAACACUUUCCAAGAUCAGUCACCAAAUAAUAAUAAUAAAAACAUUGGUCAUAGAUGCUGUUUAAUUAUACUUUUUGUAUAUUUCCUACUUGUAGUGCGUGUCUGUGAAGUGUAGGCUAUUCCAGCUGGUUCACUGAUAUGCACAAAGCACAGAACUGCAGCUUUCACAAUGUUUCAACUGAUUUCUCAAUAGUCAUGUCUAUGGUAAAAACUGGUAAUCCCAAAAAUAAGCAAAUAUUGAUAUGCAUAAACGAUUCUAUAUUUUAUUAUUUUUAUAUAAUAUUUCAUGGUUGAUCUUUUAUUUUGAAAAGAAAAAAAAGUUGUUUUGAGGCUGUGUCACUCAUUAUUAGCUCGUAUAGGCUACUAUUAAGACAUCGAUAUGUUUUGUAUAUUUUUGUGAGAAUGAAAAGGGAAUAAUCAAUUUUGGACUCAAUCAUAAGGAAUAUCUGUAUUCUACAAUAAUAAAACGCACUUUAAAAUCA